UAGGAUAAAAUUUCAAAGACUUCUUAAAACAGAGUACCUACAAGUACUUUUAACAUGAAGUUGACUCUGACCUUACCAAUUUUUGUAACAAUUUUAUUAGGUGUAGUAAUUGGAGGUUGCAAUUGCAAGAUUGUGCAAUUCAUCUUCGGAGACUCUCUUUCAGAUGUUGGGAACAACAACUUCCUCUCCAAAAGCCUUGCUCGUGCAAACUUGCCAUGGUAUGGUAUUGAUUUUGGGAGUGGAUUGCCUAAUGGAAGAUUUUGCAAUGGCCGCACAGUUGCCGAUAUAAUAGGUGAUGAAAUGGGGCUUCCAAGGCCACCAGCGUAUCUGGAUCAAUCGUUAACAGAAGAUGUUAUACUGAAUAAUGGAGUUAAUUUUGCCUCUGGAGGUGGUGGCAUUCUAAACGAGACAGGCGGUUUGUUCAUACAGAGGUUUUCCUUAUACAAGCAAAUAGAGUUGUUUCAAGGGACACAAGAAUUAAUUAGAGAGAAAAUAGGAAGCAAAGAAGCUGAGAAUUUCUUCCAACAAGCACAAUACGUGGUAGCUCUGGGAAGCAAUGAUUUCAUCAACAAUUACUUAAUGCCAGUUUACAAAGAUUCAUGGACAUACAAUGAUAAAUCUUUCAUCCAGUACUUAAUGGACACUCAGAGAGCACAACUUACAUUGUUGCAUAGUUUGGGGGCAAGGCAGUUGAUGGUGUUUGGGCUAGGUCCAAUGGGGUGUAUUCCACUUCAAAGGGUUCUAAGUACAGAUGGUAAGUGUCAAGACAAGACUAACCAGCUGGCACUUGCCUUCAACAAAGCAACAAACGAACUUGUCGUGGAAUUGUCUAACACCCUUCCAAAUGCUAGCUACAAGUUUGGAGAUGCUUAUGAUGUUGUCAACGAUGUCAUUACCAAUCCCGGCAAUUACGGUUUUAGUAACUCAGAUUCACCAUGCUGCUCGUUCGGAAGAAUUAGGCCAGCGUUGACGUGUAUUCCAGCAUCAACAUUAUGCAGCGACAGAAGCAAAUAUGUGUUUUGGGAUGAAUACCACCCUUCUGAUAGUGCUAACCAGUUAAUUGCUAAAGAGCUCAUUAAAAAACUCGGUUUUUUGAAGGCUAAUCGGACCGAUGCUUCUCCCCCUACACCAGCCUUGGGUCCUUCAUCAGAUGAUGAUGGGCAGUAGAUUUUCUUGUA